AUGUUUAUGCUUCCGAGCGAAGGGCCAAAGAUUAGCGGCAGUCGAGCUAAUUAUGGCGUUGGGAGUCGUGUGGAACUGAACUGCACUUCAGCCAAAAGCAAACCCGCGGCGCUAUUGCACUGGUAUAUUAAUGAACAGCCGGCUGAGAAUGAAUACGAAUUUGAUUCGUUGACAACAUUGCACUCCAAUGGCUUAGAGUCCUCAUCCCUGGGACUCAGAUUUAUCGAUAUCAUUAUCUCGAAUAUAGUGUCGAAAAUUGCAUUAAAAGUGCAGUUAGAGAGCCGACAAAGACGUGCGGAUUAG